AUGGCCUCCAGCGUCGACAUAUAUAAGUCCCAGGAUCGGCCCCCACCGGGAGUCAAACGGUCCUCUGCUGCCAAGACAGGCAGCAGCUGCGAGAGCCUCCGGCACCUAGGAUCCGCCGUCACCACCGGGGAAACUACUCCGCUACUCUGGACGAUCCGCAGUAGGCGUUUCUUCCGGAGCCCCCUACCAUCCGCGAGCCCGCGACUCCGAGAACGUACCCCCGCGUGGCAGGUGGCACACCACCGUUGCGCGCUACUCCUAGACUCGCCGCUUAACGAGAGUGCAACUGCAGUUGGCGGCCGACCUGUGCACGGCUCACGGGGAAACGCGGAGAACGCGCUCGUACCGACUCGCCGCAGUUUCGGGGGAGAUCCAGAGAAAAGAGAGAUGAGGAUCGUUGUUCUAGUCGUAUUUGUCAUCGCCGUACUGGCGGCCGUCUCGGCGCAGGAUUUCAGGCAUUUCUUCGCGGGAUUUGGUCCUUUCGGCCUCCAGGGAAGUAGGAGCUCAGUAAUGAGGGAUCCAAGAUCGAACAGGGGUCCGGUGCUAUUCCCACCUGGGCCGCCACCCAACUCGGCUGACACCAGCGGCGUCAUCGUGGGCGCGAGCGGAUACGGAUUCGUGCCACCCAGCGCAGGUUACAUCACCUACUUCUACUACUAAACACCCGGUAAUCGAGGGGCUGCACGAGAAGAUGGCAGCGCGAAGAGAAAAAUGGUGGUCAAGGUUUCGGACGUCACGGCUCGCAGACUCCAACUGGACAUUGCGGUAGAUUAAGUAGAUCAGCGUCACGUGGCAGCGCGUGUCCAUUGAAGGAAGGACGGUGCCUAAAGCAGUUCCUUUCUUCUCCCUUUUCACUGAACAAUAGCCUCUCCUCCGCGAUUGGCGGCGUGGGAGUACGCCUACUUCCCGUGAACUUUGUCAGGUUGCGCAAAGUUCGCAGGACCAGAGCUAUUAACGCGAUGUGCAAAUAGAGAAAUACGUGCGAUCACA